UGGGGCGUCGUGGUCCCGCCCCGCCCGGUGCGCCCUCCUUGCCCCGCGGCCCGCGCCACGUCCACGCCCGGGCAGGGUGGGCUGAGCAGGGGCGGGCUGGGGGGAGGGAGGGGCGCCGGCCCAGCAGCUGCCGCCGCCUUCUCGUCGGCCGCAAACUUUCACAAAGCGGCGUGUCCGGCCUCAUCAAUCUCCAUUAAUAAUAGUUGGUUGGGCCGCGGGGCGCGGGCGGGGGUCCCGGGCCGGCCGGCCGGGCCGCUGGGAACCGGCUCUGCGGAGGGAGCGGAGCCGGGCGCGGCAGCGGCGGGCGGAGGGAGGAAGUGAAGCGUAAUUUGAGGAAGAUGGAUGAGUCCGGAGGGCGACACCCCCAGCCCGCCCGCUCGCCCGCCCCCUCCCUCCUUAUGAGAGAGAGGGAGCGCGGCGCCGGAGCCACACUGCGCCGAGCCCGCGCCCCGCCGCCACCUCGGCCGGGAGCCUGGGAGCGAGCCCUGCGUGUCCGCGCGGGGCGCCCGAGCCGCGAGGCGCACGGCGGCGCCCAGAGGGGAGCGCCCCGGGGCGGCCGCAGCUCCGGGCACGAUGCAGAGAGCUGGAGGCGGGGGUGCCCCCGGGGGCAGCGGCGGGGGCAGUGCUGGGGGCCCGGGCACUGCCUUCUCCAUCGACUCCCUGAUCGGGCCGCCGCCGCCUCGCUCCGGCCACUUGCUGUACACCGGCUAUCCCAUGUUCAUGCCGUACCGGCCGCUGGUGCUGCCGCAGGCGCUGGCCCCUGCCCCGCUGCCGGCCGGCCUCCCGCCUCUCGCCCCACUAGCCUCCUUUGCCGGCCGCCUUACCAACACCUUCUGCGCGGGACUGGGCCAGGCCGUGCCCUCGAUGGUGGCGCUGACCACCGCGCUGCCCAGCUUCGCGGAGCCGCCCGACGCCUUCUACGGGCCCCAGGAGCUCGCCGCUGCCGCCGCCGCCACUGCCGCCCGAAACAACCCCGAGCCGGGCGGCCGACGCCCGGAGGGUGGGCUGGAAGCCGACGAGCUGCUGCCCGCCCGGGAGAAAGUGGCAGAGCCCCCACCGCCCCCGCCUCCGCACUUCUCAGAGACUUUCCCAAGUCUGCCGGGAUCCCUUCAUUUUUCUCCUCUGGGGAGAAGAGAGAAGCUGCAAGCGUGGGAUUCCUGGAGACACUAGGAAGACCCUACGCAGAGGGGAAGGUGUACAGCUCCGAUGAGGAGAAGCCGGAGGCCCGAGCAGGAGACCCAGCAGGCAGCGAGCAGGAGGAAGAGGGCUCGGGCGGUGACAGCGAAGACGACGGUUUCCUGGACAGUUCUGCAGGGGGCCCCACGGCUCUCCUGGGACCUAAACCGAAGCUAAAGGGAAGCCUGGGGACUGGAGCGGAGGAGGGGGCACCGGUGGCCGCAGGAGUCACAGCUCCGGGGGGCAAAAGCCGCAGGCGCCGCACAGCCUUCACCAGCGAGCAGCUUUUGGAGCUGGAGAAGGAGUUUCAUUGCAAGAAAUACCUGAGCCUGACGGAGCGGUCCCAGAUCGCUCACGCGCUCAAGCUCAGCGAGGUGCAGGUCAAGAUCUGGUUUCAGAACCGGCGCGCCAAGUGGAAGCGCAUCAAAGCCGGCAACGUGAGCAGCCGCUCCGGGGAGCCCGUGAGAAACCCCAAGAUUGUCGUCCCCAUUCCUGUGCACGUCAACAGGUUUGCCGUGCGGAGCCAGCACCAACAAAUGGAACAGGGGACCCGGCCCUGAAGGGCUCCCAAGGAUUUCGGAAGCAAAGCAUCUGUUCCGGGCCUGCCCGGAGACUGGGUUAGGUUCUGUGCACCCAAGGGGCUCCCGCUGUGAUCCUGCCCUGGGAGGGGGGCUCGGGCGGCCACUGACUCUAGUGUUAGGUGUGCUCUCCUGGCAACCGGGGACUCAGGCACUGGGCCCUGAGCCUAUUCCAGAGCCCCUCAGGCUGGGGGCUUCAGGGUUCAAGGGGCUUGGGUGCUCGAUGCUGAGGAGCUGUGGGGAUUGAGGAGGACUCCUGGGGAGGGGGUGGGUUCUAACAUGCCGAGGGCCUGGAAGUUUCCCAGGAAUGACUUCUCACAGGGGUGGGAAGAAUUCAGGAUGAAGCCUAGCCAAGCUGAUCGCAGCUCCUUAUUUAUUUUCUGUAAAGUUU